CCUCCCGGCUGUGUGGCUCACCUUCCCCUCUUCCCCACACCACCACCACCACCACCGCGGCGCCCCCCGCACUCGAAUGUGUCGAGGCUGACCUCCCCGCCGCCGCCCGCACCCGCGAUGCCCGCGCCGACCGCCGAGCCGGCGCUCCCGGCCGCCUUCCUCUGCGUCCCGUCCCCGCUCCUCUCCGCGCCCCUCCCCGGCGCCGCCGCCGCCUCCCCCGCGCCCUGCCCCCGCCAUGCCUCCUUCCUCCCGCGCCCGCGCGGCGGGCCGCCCCGCGCGCUCUCCGCCGCCGUGUCCGCCCCGGGCCCCGCGUCCUCCGCCGCGUCGCGCAUCCACCGGAUGUGGGGCGAGUUCGCGCGGUUCGUGCGCCUGCACGGGAACCAAAUCGCGCCGCUCGGGUUCGCGUCCCUCGGGCUGGGCGGCGGCGGAGGGGGUAACGCCGGCAGUGGGGGAGGAGGAGGAGGAGGAGGAGGGAGCGGAGGGGAUGUGGAUGGGGUAGGCGAGGUGGAGGAGGCCGCGGCGCGGGCCGAGGCCCCCAAGAAGGUGCUGAUUCUGAUGAGCGACACGGGCGGCGGGCACCGAGCCUCCGCCGAGGCCAUCAAGGCCGCCUUCAUCCAGGAGUUCGGCGACGACUACCAGGUAUUUGUCACUGAUUUAUGGACCGACCACACUCCGUGGCCCUUCAACCAACUGCCUAGGAGCUACAGUUUUUUGGUGAAACAUGGACCCUUGUGGAAGAUGACAUACUAUGGUACUGCACCGCGUGUAGUUCAUCAGCCACAUUUUGCUGCAACAUCCACAUUCAUAGCAAGGGAGGUUGCAAAAGGUCUAAUGAAGUACCAACCGGAUGUAAUUAUCAGUGUACAUCCUUUAAUGCAACAUGUGCCCCUCCGAAUUCUAAGAUCCAAAGGUCUCUUGGAUAAGAUCCCAUUCACUACAGUUAUCACAGAUCUCAGCACUUGUCACCCAACAUGGUUCCAUAAGCUUGUCACUAGAUGUUACUGCCCGUCAACUGAGGUGGAAAAGAGAGCACUAAAAGCUGGACUGAAGCCCUCGCAGAUUAAAGUAUAUGGCCUUCCUGUCCGGCCCUCUUUUGUCAAACCUGUUCGACCAAAGGAUGAACUGCGAAGAGAGUUAGGCAUGGAUGAAGAUCUGCCUGCUGUUCUGUUAAUGGGUGGGGGUGAAGGGAUGGGUCCUAUUGAGGCCACUGCUAAAGCGCUUGGUGAUACUCUGUAUGAUGAAAUCCUAGGCGAACCCACUGGUCAGAUACUUGUGAUUUGUGGGCGUAAUAAGAAGCUGGCUAAUCGAUUGCAGUCAAUAAAUUGGAAAGUUCCAGUUCAGGUGAAAGGUUUUGUUACAAAAAUGGAAGAAUGUAUGGGUGCUUGUGAUUGUAUCAUUACAAAGGCAGGGCCUGGUACAAUUGCAGAGGCGAUGAUCCGUGGAUUACCAAUUAUUCUAAAUGAUUAUAUUGCUGGGCAGUCAACAGGAAGCUGGCAAUGUUCCUUACGUUGUUGAAAAUGGAUGCGGGAAGUUCUCGAAAUCUCCAAAACAGAAUGCAAAGAUAGUAGCCGACUGGUUUGGCCCAAAGUCAGAUGAAUUCAGAGUUAUGUCCCAAAAUUGCCUCAAACUAGCUCGACCGGAUGCCGUAUUCAAAAUCGUCCAUGACCUGCACGAGCUGGUCAGGCAAAAAUGUUUUGUACCCCAGUACGCAUGUGCAACAUAGAGGCUGAUUCUUCCAUUUUAGUUUGCAUUUUUUUCUCUCUCCCAUGCGGCACUAGUUAUAGCUGAUUGUGAGGUCUGGAAAUAUUGAUUGAUUUCAAAUGUCUCCAUGAGAGAAAUGAAAUUGUUUGAGCGCUCUAGUUUUGUUCC